AUGAGCGCCACUUUGCAACCUUACCUCGAAGCUGUACGACAUACCCUACAAGCUGCACUAUGUCUCGAACAGUUUAGCUCCCAAGUUGUCGAAAGGCACAUGAAACCUGAGCAAUCGGAUGAAAUCGAACGUAUACUUUGUCAUAAAUUUACGCGAUUUAUGUGUCAGCGAGCCGACAGCUUCUUCGUUCUGAGACGUAAACCUCUACCUGGAUAUGACAUCUCAUUCUUAAUCACAGCAUCCCAUACGGAAACUAUGUACAAACAUAAGCUAGUGGAUUUCCUACUUCAUUUCAUGCAAGAAAUCGAUAAGGUUUGUUUAUGA